AAAUCGAGGGACAUACAACCUCAAACCUUUUUCUUGUAUCAAUUUUGCAAAAAAUUAGGUUAGUGUAAUUUGGGAUUGAUUUAGGGUUAGAUAAGUUAAUUAGGGAUUUAAGUGUUUUAAUUGGUUGAGGUAUAAUUUACUUAAACCCACUCGGGUUCUGGAUACGACGCAGCUGCUAGCCCGGCCUGUUCCAGCGGCGCCUCCUCCCUCUCCGGCCGCGCCUCCUCUUCUCCACUGCUGCGGUGCUCGUUUGGCCUCUUCAUCAAAGGCCUCAGUGAAGAACCCAUCCGGGUCGGGGUGCUCUGCUCUGUUAAGAUGGAAAGCAGCAUGAGCAGCAGCAACAGCAACAACCAGUGGAGAGCUGAGGAAGCAAUUGGUGGCAACACUGAAGCUCUUGAAGCCCUCAGAGAACUCAUCAUAUUCCCUCAACGAUUCUCUCAUGAAGCACGAAAGCUUGGCCUUAAAUGGCCGAGAGGGUUGCUGCUUUACGGUCCACCAGGCACCGGAAAGACAAGUUUAGUACGAGCAGUUGUUCAGGAAUGCGGGGCACAUUUGACAAUUAUCAGUCCACACUCUGUUCAUAGAGCACAUGCCGGUGAAAGUGAGAGAAUUCUCCGUGAAGCUUUUUCAGAGGCAUCAUCUCAUGUAGCCUUGGGCAAGCCAUCAGUUAUAUUUAUAGAUGAAAUUGAUUCACUCUGUCCUCGUCGGGAUUCCAAAAGGGAGCAAGAUGUCCGAGUUGCCUCUCAACUCUUUACGCUGAUGGACUCAAAUAAACCAUCCUCUUCUACACCAGGUGUAGUUGUGGUUGCAUCUACUAACAGAGUGGAUUCCAUUGACCCUUCCCUAAGAAGGUUUGGACGUUUUGAUGCUGAAAUUGAAGUUACAGUUCCAAAUGAAGAGGAGCGCUGUCAAAUUUUGAAGUUGUAUACAAAGAAGAUUCCCUUAGAUAGGGGUAUUGACUUAACACCCAUUGCCGCAUCAUGCAAUGGAUAUGUUGGAGCUGAUUUGGAGGCACUGUGUCGUGAAGCUACUAUGUUUGCGGUUAAAAGGUCCUCAAAUACAAAUGAAAAUGCUAGUGAUUUCUGUUUAACGAUGGAGGAUUGGGUGAACGCAAGGUCCGUGGUUGGUCCAAGUAUAACAAGAAGUGUAACUAAGGAAAUUCCCAAAGUGACUUGGGAAGACAUUGGGGGCCUGAAAGAAUUGAAGAAAAAGCUCCAGCAAGCUGUUGAAUGGCCUAUUAAGCAUUCUGCUGCAUUUUCAAGAUUGGGGAUAACUACUGUACGUGGAAUUCUUCUACAUGGGCCUCCAGGAUGUUGCAAAACUACACUUGCCAAAGCUGCUGCACAUGCUGCCCAAUCUUCAUUCUUUUCCUUGAGUGGUGCAGAAUUAUACUCAAUGUAUGUUGGAGAGGGGGAAGCAUUGCUUCGUAAAACAUUUCAGAGAGCACGUCUUGCAGCACCAAGUAUAAUCUUUUUUGAUGAGGCGGAUGUGAUAGCUGGCAAACGGGGUGAUAGCUCAAGCGGUAGUGCUACUGUUGGAGAGAGACUUUUAUCCACUCUGCUGACUGAGAUGGAUGGCUUAGAAGAAGCUAAAGGAAUCCUUGUUUUGGCAGCUACAAAUCGCCCUUAUGCAAUUGAUGCUGCACUUAUGCGUCCUGGACGAUUUGAUCUGGUUCUAUAUGUGCCACCACCUGAUUUGGAGGCUCGAUAUGAGAUACUUCGUGUGCAUACAAGUAGGAUGAAUAUAGAGAGUGAUGUUGAUCUUAGAAGACUAGCAGAACAUACUGAGCUCUUCACAGGUGCUGAACUGGAGGGGUUAUGCAGGGAAGCUGGAAUAGUAGCCCUAAGGGAAGACAUAUCCGCUUAUGCUGUUCGUGACCAUCAUUUCCAGAUUGCAAAGAGUUCCUUGAAACCAGCAUUAACACCAGCAGACAUUGAUUCAUACUCAUCUUUUAUGAAGAACCCAUCUCGUGCUUUCUCUGUGCACUCUGAACCUGGUUUGAAACUGGAAAACAAAAAGAACAAGUUGGGUCAUUUGUCUUUGGUUAAGAUUGGUCUAGUCAGCUGUGUGUUACUUGCUGCUGCCAAAUACUAUGCCAUUCAUGGAGGCCAAUCUAUACGUAAUGUAGCCACUUGAAGAGCAUUUGUCUUGUUUUUUAAUUAUACUUUUCCAUUGUUUA